AUGGGGGUCGAAAAUGUACAUUUUGCUAGAUCUGAACAGGGGAAAGGUAGGUCAAAGAGGGCAGGGCUUAGUAAUCCAGAAAAGAUGUAUGGAAUAGAACGAUUGAAGAAAUUAGGAGCCACAGUGUUUGAGGGUUCAUCAGAUCAUGUUGACGCUGAGAUGUCACAAAAGUCAACUGAACAACUUUGUGUUGAUGACGUUGUUGAGAUUGAUGGAUUAAAAGGUGAGGGACCAUGGUCGAAUAAGAGUGAAUGUUUAUUUGUAGACUUAAUGGAUGAAGAGGUUGCAAAAAGCAAUCGACCAACUAUAAUAUUUACAAAGACUAGUUGGAAUUAUCUGAGAAGCCAACUAAAUGCUAGUACAGGAUAUAAUUAUUCUCAUGAUCAAUUGAAAAAUAAGUUCAACAAAUUAAGACAAAUUUACAAAGACUUCAAAAAGAUAUUGAGUAAUAUGACAGGAAAUGGUUGGGAUCCAUUAUUAGGUACCAUCAAUCUUAAAGAGGAGCAAAGGAACGAGCUUUUUAAGGUGAGUAAGAGAGCUAAAAAGUUUAGAAAAAGUGCUUGCCCACAUUAUGAAAAGCUCGUAAGAAUUUUUGGAGAUACUACUGCAACAGGUGUAAAUGUUUGUCCGUCAACAAGACUUAUUUCAAAUUCUGAAGAUGAAAAUGAAAAUGAUGUUGCAAGCAACACAAACGUUGGUGUUGAAGAGAAUGAUAAAGGAAAAAGCAAAAAACGAGUUCAAAGAAAUAGAGACGAAUAUGACAGUUUCUUCUCAUCAUUCUUAGAUGUAUAUGCAGAGAAUGUAAAGAGAAAGAAUGACAUCCUUGAGAAAAGAUCUUUUGGUUUUACAUCUAGUGAAGUUGAUGAGAGCCAAACAUCAAGCAAAAAAGAUGAUCUCCAUGAAGAGUUGAUGGAAUGUUUAGACAUUUUAAAUACAAUGGAGGAUGUUGAUGGAGAGGCUUAUUCCAAAAUACUGAAACUCUUGCACGGAGAUCUGGCUUAA